AUGUCUUUUCUCUUCCGCAAGGCGGAUUCAUCCUCUGCUGUUCCUUCCUCAAUUCUAGGAUCAGAGAUGGACUCUAACAACACUCAGAUCCGCACGCCUGAAGAGGCCGUUGCGAGAAUCGCAUACCUCACUAGCGAUGUCGUCGUCUCAGUCCAACCCGCAAAGGACCAGGACUCUGCCUUUUCUUCACAUCUGAAAAGAUUCGCUGAAAGAAAGGAUCAAGGCCUAGUCGCUAGAACCGACGGUGCCGUUCCAGAGAUCCAAACUGUUAGACAAAACACAGACCCCCUCCUCUCAGUGUUCUCGCCGAUUCGAUCCGGCCGAUUCGUCUCAGUAACAACGAGCUCUGCCAUCUUGCUGCCAUCCAUUGCGCACCUGUACAAGCUCGCCAACUACCCCGUCGUUCUCCACGUCUCUCUUUCUCCUGCCGAGAGCCCAGACUACUCGGCCAUCACAGCCAUCAGAAAUUCAGGAUGGACUUUCCUACAAUCGGAAUCGCUGCAGGAGGCACAGGACAUGGCCAUUACGGCACAUGCUCUGGCCAUCAAGUCUGGCAAGGGCGUCAUUCACUUUUUCGAUGCCGGCUCCAGCUCCCGCGAUAAGCCCAUUGGACCCGAGGAUGCCUCGACCGUCCUGGACAUUCUGAACAUGGGAGAUGUCCGCAGAUUCCAGGCUGCCUCCAUCCAGGCCUCUAGCAUUUACGCCGACGAUGGCCGGGUUGCAGUGGCACAGGAGCAGUCCGAGCCACUGGCUGCUGGUUCCUCGAACCUGGCCGAUUCCACAGUUCUCGAGGCUGCCUCAAAGGCAACCUCCACCGAGCCCUCAGACAAGUCGAGCUCCCCCGCCGAUUCGAGCGCUCCCCCGAGUGUAUCAUCUGCAACCACAGUUGAGCCCAACCCUGCUGCCGUUACCUCGGAAGACAUUUACAAGUAUGUUACUGGUAUCUGGGCACAGCUCAAGGUCUCGACUGGCCGAGAGUACAAUGCGUUUGAAUGGUCUGGUCCCUCCUCGGCCGACAAGGCCAUUUUCGUUUUCGGGUCCGAUGCCGGCCUCUUUGCCGAGGCACUUGACUCGGCUGCAUCGACCGAUAUCUACGCCAAGUCGGGAAUGAUCACUGCAAGACUAUACCGCCCGUGGCUUGGUGCCAAGCUCAUUGAGGCUAUUCCCAAGUCUGUCACCAGGAUUGCUGUUCUGGAGCAGGUUUCGAGGAAGACUACCAAGUGGGGACCUCUCCUGAUUGACGUUUUGACAUCGAUCAAGAGCGGCCCUGGUGGCGUUGAGCACAUUGUCGGAUACCAGCUUGGCUACAUUGCACCAGAGACCGUCUCGCAGGCUUUGAGGGGUGUCUUCCAGAACCUCACAUCGGAGAAGCCGCUCCAGAACCUGGAGGUUGGCAAGAGGGAAGCUGCCCAGGUGUCAUCUCAGAGCCUGGAACAGCCCAAGCUGGAGACUGCCUACACCAAGAUUCUGGACCAGCUCUUUGGCAAGCGCGCAUAUGUCGCCAAUGCUCUGAGCUCGAAGAACGCAGGUAUCUCGACUACUGUCUCUGCAAGCCCCGAGUUCGGCUUUGGUUCGCUCUUGGCACGCAAGGAGCACCGCCAGAGAUUUGUCAAGGAGGUCAAGGAAGCCGCCACCUCGAACGCCUUCAUCACCGAAGCGCCCAAGCAGUGGCUGGCUAAGUGGUCCGCCAGUGCCGAAGAUGCCCAAAAGGCUACCGACCUUGCUGACGACGUUGUGGCUCGUCUGGAGACUGACGGCUCUUCUGUCGCACGCCAGCUCCUGGCAAGCCAGGGUCUUUUCCGCAAGGAGUCGCUCUGGCUGGUUGGUUCCGACGCAUGGUCGUACGAUCUUGGUAACUCUGGUGUUCACCAUGUUCUGGCAUCAGGAGAGAACGUCAACAUGUUGAUCAUCGACUCUACGCCCUACUCGGAGAAGUCAGCAGCUGAUGCCGCCAGACGCAAGAAGGACAUUGGCCUCUACGCCAUGAACUUCGGUAACGCCUACGUCGCCUCCACUGCAGUCUACAGCUCGUACACUCAGGUUCUGCAGGCCAUGUUGGAAGCUGACCAGUUCAACGGCCCUUCCAUCGUUCUUGCCUAUCUGCCCUACUUUGGUGAACACGAGUCUCCUCUCACUGUUCUCCAGGAGACCAAGAAGGCUGUCGAUGCUGGUUACUGGCCUCUUUACCGCUGGAACCCGACCAACGACACCAAGGGCGAACCCAACUUCUCCUUGGACUCUGAGCUGAUCAAGAAGGAGUUGAAGGAAUUCUUGUCCAGAGACAACCAUCUUACACAGCUGAUGCUCAAGGAGCCCACUUUCGCCGCCAAUCUUUCCCAGGACUUUGGCAGUGAGGUGCGUGCUCAGCAAAAGCGCAAGGCCAAGGACGCUUACAACGAGCUGUUGGAGGGUCUUUUCGGUGCCCCCCUUACAAUUCUGUUCGCUUCCGACAACGGCAAUGCCCAGAACCUGGCCAAGCGACUAGGUACAAGAGGUCGCGCCAGAGGUCUGAAGACUACCGUGCUUGCCAUGGAGGACUACCCUGUGGAGGAUCUUCCCUCCGAGGAGAACAUUGUUUUCAUCACCUCGACGGCUGGUCAGGGAGAAUUCCCUCAGAACGGUCUUCCCUUCUGGCACGCCAUCAAGGACAGCACCGACCUGGACUUGGCAUCGGUCAACUACUCGGUCUUCGGUCUGGGUGACAAGCACUACUGGCCCCGAAAGCAAGACAGAGUAUACUACAACAAGCCUGCCAAGGACUUGGAUCGCAAGAUUGACAGCUUCGGUGGAAAACGCUUGGCCGAGAUUGGACUUGGUGAUGACCAGGACCCCGAUGGCUACCAGACUGGUUACUCGGAGUGGGAGCCGCGCCUGUGGCAAUCACUGGGUGUUGCCAACGUCGAGGGUCUUCCCGAUGAGCCCCCGCCGAUCACCAACGAAGACAUCAAGAUUGCUUCCAACUUCCUGCGUGGUACCAUUGUCGAGGGUCUCAACGACCCGACCACUGGCGCCAUCUCUGCCGCCGACCAGCAGCUCACAAAGUUCCACGGCACUUACAUGCAGGACGACAGAGAUGUUCGUGAUGAGCGCAAGGCUCAAGGCCUCGAGCCUGCUUACUCUUUCAUGAUCCGUUGCAGAUUGCCAGGUGGUAUCUCGACCCCCAAGCAAUGGAUCCAGAUGGACGACAUCAGCAACGAGUUGGGUAACGAGACCAUGAAGCUCACCACGAGACAAACCUUCCAGUUCCACGGUGUUGUCAAGGGCAAGCUCAAGCCUGCCAUGCAGGCCAUCAACCGUGCUCUGAUGACCACGAUUGCUGCUUGCGGUGACGUCAACAGAAAUGUCAUGUGCAGUUCGCUCCCGACGCAGUCCGCCUACCACAGACAAGUGUAUGCCUGCUCCCAAAAGAUCAGCGACCACUUGCUGCCGGCCACUACGGCAUACCACGAGAUCUGGUUGACGGAUGACAAUGAGAAGAAGAUGAUUGCUGGUGACGCCGUCCAGGACUUUGAGCCUCUCUACGGUCCCACGUACCUGCCCAGAAAGUUCAAGAUUACCAUUGCCAUUCCACCCCACAACGACACCGAUGUCUACGCUCACGACGUUGGUCUGAUCGCCAUCAAGGGCGAGGACGGUAACCUGGCUGGUUUCAACGUGCUUGCUGGUGGUGGUAUGGGUGCUACGCACAACAACAAGAAGACCUACCCCCAGACUGGACGCAUGAUGGGUUACGUCAAGGCAUCGGAAGUCCACAUUGCUUGCGAGAAGAUUAUGCUCGUGCAACGUGACUUUGGUGACCGCAAGAACCGAAAGCACGCUCGUCUCAAGUACACCAUCGACGAUCUCGGUGUCGAUGUCUUCCGCGGCAAGGUCGAGGACAUGUGGGGCAAGGCCUUCGAGCCCGAGAAGCCCUUCCACUUCCAGAGCAACAUUGACACUUUCGGCUGGCAGAAGGAUGAGAAUGGCCUCAACCACUUCACCUUCUUCAUCGAGAACGGCCGUAUCGAGGAUACGCCCGAGUUCCAGAUGAAGACUGGUCUGCGCGAGAUUGCCAAGGUGCUCAAGGGUGAGUUCCGCCUGACGGGUAACCAGCAUCUCAUCGUGUCCAACGUGGCCGAUGAGGACCUCCCGGAGCUGAAGGAACUCAUGAAGAAGUACAAGCUCGACAAUGUGCAGUUCUCUGGUCUGCGCCUCAGCUCUUCCGCCUGUGUUGCUUUCCCUACUUGCGGUCUUGCAAUGGCAGAGUCUGAGCGUUAUCUCCCUGUCCUCAUUGGCAAGCUUGAGGCCUGCCUCGAGGAGAACGGCCUCAGGCAGGAUUCUAUUGUCAUGCGUAUGACUGGUUGUCCCAACGGUUGUGCUCGUCCUUGGCUCGCCGAGGUUGCCUUUGUUGGCAAGGCCUACGGUGCUUACAACAUGUACCUUGGCGGUGGCUACCAUGGCCAGCGCCUGAACAAGCUUUACCGCUCCAGCAUCAAGGAAGAUGAGAUCCUGGCAAUCAUGAAGCCGCUCCUCAAGAGGUACGCGGCUGAGCGUGAGCAGGGUGAGAGAUUUGGUGACUUCUGUAUUCGCGUGGGUGUCAUUGCCGAGACCAAGGGUGGCCAGGACUUCCACAACAACGUUGCCGAAGAUGAGUCAGACGAAGAGUAG